AUCGGCUGCCGCGAGUCAAUUUCAGAGAAAUCCAAGUAUGACGCACAGUUCAAUCAAGAAGUGUUAAGAUAAAUAGCUUAUAUAUAGCUUAUAUAUGAGCAGCCUUCAAGGGCUCUAACAUAUCCAGUGUACACAAUGCAGUGUUUUGUCAAAGUUACUGCGUAAGUAAAAUAUUGACAUGCAUUGAAGGCCAGGGCACAAGAUGUUUACCACACCGAUCGAUUGUCCUAAAAAGUAUUUGGAACGGCAAAGAUAUACAUCUUCCCAUAGCAGCACGCGAUCCUGGGAAAAUCAUGUGGCAAACACCAGGAAGCACGCGCCUCUAGGAUCGCGGGAUAGCGGAUAUGAAUCAUGCCUGGACUUGAAAAAGCAAUGUUCCUUUGCUCCUGUACCGCUGAAGGCAUCCUCCGACUGCAUUGAAAAUACAUUUUCGGCAUCGAAAAAGCCAAAUUCUUUCGAGGACCCUGAACAGCUUGGAUUUUGUUAUAAUAAUACAGCGAAAAGGAAAACAGAACUUCCGAAUUACGAAACAAACUUGACGGCUAGCGAGGCCGCAGAUCGGUUGCGAUUUAUGCGUCAUUAUAGUAGCCUCAGGUGGAAGCGUUAGCCGCGAACGACGAGAGGCACUUCUUGCAAUCGAAUUCGGGGUUAAAUAGAGACGCACACAUAUAUUUAAUACGCACGGUCGACUGUGUUGAGUUGUUGAAUUCCUAAUCCUUCAUAUUAGUUCAGCGGAUGAUAUAUUUUCUAGAAUGAAUUCAGCAGAUACUACAACCCCCAAUGAUCGUGUGCCAUUCGCUUUCUGUUUCAGCAGGUUGUACAAAGCAUUAUCCGAAACUAUUAAGUUCAAGUUGAAACUUCAAUAUAAAUAUUCUCACAGCCUUCUGAAAAAGCACAUAUAAGGAGAUUACAUAUGAUACUGG